AGAAUGGGAUCUCGGUUGUUGAUGAGCACCUUCUUCCAGCUUCGCAGACACUUCGCCAGCAUGCCCAAAGCAGACACCCCACCAGGCUUCAAGCCUCUCAAAGAGACUGCUCUCUUCACACCCUUCCAACUUGGUCCCUUGAAGUUGGAGCACAGAAUCGUCCAAGCUCCCUUGACGCGCAUGCGGAGCACCAAAGAGAGCGACGGCGUGACAGUUCCCAAUGAUCUCGUGGCCGAGUACUACAGCCAGCGCGCGUCUAAAGGUGGUCUACAAUUGACCGAGGCCACCGAUAUCUUCAAAUAUGCUGGAAACUACCCUGGCGCCCCAGGUCUCUUCACCGACUCACAAGUCGCCGCGUGGAAAAAGGUCACAGACGGUGUUCACGCGAAAGGCGGAUACAUCUUCUCUCAAUUGUGGCAUACAGGCCGCGCCACCCCACCUUCGUGGCGCAAUGGCCAGCAAACGGUCAGCUCCAGCAACGUUCCCAUGACCGGCAAAUGGAUGGACGGCGUAUCCUGCGAAGAAAACCCACCCAGAUCCCUCAGUAUCGAGGAGAUCCACGACAUCACCAAGCAAUGGGGCGUUGCUGCCAAGCGCGCCAUCGAGGCUGGCUUUGAUGGUAUCGAGAUCCAUGGCGCAAACGGCUACCUCCUAGACCAAUUCCUGCACGACAACGUGAACACGAGAACAGAUGAGUACGGAGGUUCUAUCGAAGGUCGUGCCAAGUUCCCACUCGAGGUCAUCAAGGAGUGCUCUAAAGCGAUCGGGGCUGGCCGGGUCGGCAUCCGGUUAUCGCCUUACAACUACUUCCAAGACACCAAAGACAGCAACCCUAACAAGCACUGGGAUGCUUUGUGCGAGAUGAUUGCUGCGCUACCAGAAAACGAGAGGCCGGCCUACGUUCACAUGGUGGAACCCCGCUUCGACGAAGAACUCGACGAGCAAAAGAAAAUGGACGCCCUCUCAGCCUACACCUCCACCGCCGGCGUCGAAGCUGAAGCAACCAUCAAACCAAAGCACAACACGCUCAACAACUUCCGCAAUAUCCUGCGCAAGUCCGGCAUCAAGUUCAUUGCCGCCGGCGGGUUCAACCGCGACAACGCUGUCCCCAAACUCGACUCCAAUGACGCUGACCUGAUUAUCUUUGGCCGCUGGUUCAUCGCCAAUCCUGACCUCCCGCGCCGCUUGGCCGAGGGUCUCGAGCUUAACGCGUAUGAUCGCGAUACGUUUUACGGCGCCGAUCCCCCACAGAAGGGGUAUACAGAUUAUCCAGUCGCUGUGUGA